GCGAAUACAUACCCGGUUCGGGUGUCGGGCUCGGAUGUCGGACAAGCUCCAAGCGAGCCAGACGCAAGCCGAGUGGUAUGCUCUGUGGACCCAUGGUGUUUGUCCGCAAUGAUAGGCUGCAGUUUCUGUUUGGUAAGGGGUAAUCUUUUAUUCGAUGUGUUGAUGAUUGAAAUGGAAGCUUGAUGGAUGAUAAGUAAGAGGAUUAGAGACAAUUACAACCUGCUCAUGAUGGGGGGAAACAGACAAAGGAAUCUGGAUACAUAGUUGAAGUGAUUACUCGGUGGGUUUGUAGGGAGGGAACUGAUUGGGAAAAUCUAUUAAUUGAUAGAUAGAUGUUGUUGAGUUGAUUGUAGUACAGCCACACCCACCCAAACCCACCAACAACCAACCAACAAAAAAACAACGACGAAAGCAAGAAACACCAUGUCCUUACUGGUCGACCCUCAAUACUUCCUACAUACCCUCAAACUCAACUACCUCAGAAGACUACCAGACCCAAUAGGACCAUCCUCAAUCUCAUUCCCAUCAAACCAAACAAUCCAACAAGAAGAACAAGAACAACAACAAGAACCAGAAGCAGGCCCAUCGAAAACAACAACUACUACUCAAACCCACCAUCAUCUCAGCAAUCCAUACAUUCAACUCUCAGGCCUAGCCGACUCACAACGAUGGCCAGAAUUACUCGUACGAGGCAGCCCACCCGAACCUCUCCCCAGUCCUCAACCAACACUCAAACGACCAAACACCAAUCAGAACUCGAAGGAGGCGAGCAGAUGGCAACCAAGCACCAAACCCACCCUCUGGCGGUACCGGACUACGCUACUCUGAGACCAUCGUCGGCCCAAAGGGAUCCGGCUUGGGGGCUGGGAUGAGAGUCUCUGGAAGGAAAUCAAUCAGAACAUCCAGGCAACCCUCCAGACUGAUCACCGACCUCAAUCCAAUCACCUCAACCCCUCCCACUCAACCACCACAGCCAGCAACAUCCCAAAGCAGCAAUCAACCACCACUGGAUCGAGCUCAUCACCAAACCACUCAGAAUCUCGACGGUAAUCCUGCUGCAGGUGCGCUGGCACUGACUGAAGGUCGGACGACUGUGAUCCCCGGAGGUGGACUGAAUCCUGAAGAUAGUGAUGAAGAACCAAACCCAGCCUCCCGUCCCUCACAACUCUCAAACCAAGACGAAUCUCAGGAUAGAAGACCGAUCUCCCGUAACCCUACCAACACCACCAUCAAGACCCACCGUCGUCGAAUCUCAGCCAUCACCUUUGCAAGUAACCCACUCAGUUUCGCCAGUCCACCCGGCUCAAUCCUCAACCUCAGUCGUAGUCGAACACGCGCCCAACGGGGACACUCGAUCAGCUCGAUCGCCACCACCAAUACCGUCAUCUCAUCUGACUUCAGUGAACAUGCCAAUCAGACUUUCAAUAGUCCAACCCCUAGCCAUCUACCCUUGAAUGCGGAAAACCUUAAUAGUCGAGCGAACGAUACCAGCGAAAUCACAGAUCAACCCCCUAGUCCGUUUACUCAGCCUCCUCUUGACUCGGAGAGUAAUGCCGACGUCUACUACUCAACCGAACAUGACCCUGAUAAACGAAUGUCGGACAUGCUAUUUACUUACAGGCCCUUUGACGCCAGAAGAUCAACUCAGAUCGUCGGCAGAGUCGAAUUAGAACCGGCACCAUUGCUCGAAGCAGACAAUGAAGAUGAUACGGGUGAUGAAGAUAUUGAGACCGAUCAAACCGAUACCGGUACCGAACUAGGAGAGGAUGAUAGCAGCUUCAACCUGGAGGAGAUCGGUGAAGAUUCUGGGACGAUGGAUGAUAAUUUGAGCAUCAAGAGUCGAAGAAGGAGGCCGAAACGCGACCUGAGUUCGAUCGGAACCAGCUCGAUCGAUUUGAUGACCCCUGCAGACGAGACGAAGGACUCCCUGAACAAAAGCCUCUCGAGUGGCCUGGCCACUUCGAUCGUCGAAUCCAAUCCGCUCAACCGAACUAAUGGCCAAUCUCCCGACGUACUCAUAUCUGUUCAUGGUGUCGAACGUGGUGGAAACGGGAACCAAUCUCCUCCGAUGGUACGUCGCCGGGAGAGAAGAAGGGUGAACAUCAAAAUGGGCAAGCUAGUUGGACCUCCAAUUAUUGAAGAAGACUCAAUCGGUCCAUCGGUCGACUCGGAUUCCCCACCCAUCAAGGUCGUCGAACCACUAGCACCAGGCUUAAGACUUCAGAGAGGCACCUCAUCAGUCGCAAGACCUUCCCUUCCUGAUCUUCGUCAGGCGAUCGGCAAUCCCACUGCUAAUACAAGCACUCAAGAAACGCCCCGUCAACAAGAGACCAGUCAGACAUCUGGGCCCAUUAGCAGUUUCAGUCCAGGUCGCGCACGCGCUCUGACGACGCCAACCCCGAUCCCUGGCUUGGAACUCAAUCCGGUCGUCUCCAAAAUCAAAGAGGAUGAAAUGAAUGAUGAGAAGGCCGGCGGAGACACUUCUUCCGGGUCUGGUCAACGCACUUUCCCCAGAAAUCGCUCCGGUUCCGGUCCGAUCGGCAUGAGCAGGAUCCGCCGGAGUCUUUUGCAAACUGGAGGCCAGAAUCCAAGCCGACCUCAAUCCAGCAGUGGUCCCAUCACCCCAACACCACCAACCAAUACUUCUUCUACUCAAGUCACUGAACAGCCUAAACCGGCGCCUGCCCCCAAACGAGCUCGAAAACCCAAACGGGCUCAGCUGUCGUUCAAGAAGAUCGAGCUCGAGGAUCCCAAGCUGAAGAAACCGGUGGUUCAGAAAUCGAUCUUGACACAGCUCUUGACGGCCCAGUCAGCAUCCUCAUCCGGCGACAACCCGUUCCGAUGUUUCUAUGCGCUUCUGGCGAGUAAGGAACGGAAUGCGCUGAAGAUCUCGUUGUAUUAUCCGUUCUCGAAGGAGCCAAGCAAGCCGAUCAAGAGCUCGAUGAAGGCCGAUGUCUGUGUGGAAGAAGUGGUGGGCUUCGCACUCUGGAACUAUGUCGAAGAGAACCGCGAGCCCAAGUUGGGCGAGAUCAAGAACUGUCCGGAUGGCUUGGAUCUUCACGAAACGUUCGCCUGGUGCUUGAGGUUGGUCGAGGAUGAUGGCGAGGUAGAUGAAGACUUCCCCGCUCUCGAUCGUACUAGACCUGCUGCUAAAGUCGGUAGUAAUGAGUUUGCUAUCGUGAUGGCGACUGAAGCACAAGCUAAACAAAACGAAGCAGCUCAAACGCAAAUUCAAAGGAGACCCUCACGGGUCCUGGGAGAGCCUAAGCGAGUAACACGGGCAGCGGUUGAACCGACUGGCUCAGUUAACACGGGAGCGGCCAGCUUACUACCGCCACCGAUCAAUGCUCUGAUGGGCAAUUCGGGGACGAUAUUCGAUGGAGCUCGAGGGGUAGGAGGAGGAGUGAGUGGGUCGUUAUUGACCGGCGGAUACAGUUCGACGCCGCUUGGGGGCAGUUCGUUCACGGGCUCGACGGUGUAUCUGAAGGUGCGGAUCCCGUCGCCGGGGAAGGGGGUGGACUCGAUCAACACGACGUUGAAUGUGACGAUGGACAUGUAUCUGGCGGAUGUGCUGGAGAGUCUGGUGAAGAAGAAGUCGCUGGGCCAGGUCAAGGACUGGGCCCUCCUCGUGCCCUCCUCUCCCUCCAUCCCUGCCCACCAACGCGAUAUCGUCGUCCCCCUCGACCGCACCGUCCAGUCCUUACAAGGCGUCAACUCACUCGCCCUCGUCAAACGCUCCCAGGUCUCCUCCAAGCUCCUCCGCAAUACUCAACUCAACAGUAACAUCUCUGCCCAAAACACGAACCCUUCCGCCUCGAUCUUCAAACGUCUCUCCGAGAUCCCCCAACCUAAAUACGUCUCGAUCACCGACCUGACUUCCUCCUCUAAGAGCUUCCUCAUCCAAACCAAACGCCGAGGCAUCCUCGGCAAAUCCGAUCGGCUCUUGACGAUCGAAGAUGAUUAUGUACAUAUCGCUCCCAACCAUCAGUCGAUGAUCGCUAACAAUCAUCAUCAUCAUCAUCAUCUUGCUGGUAACGAUACUAGUCUCGUCAGUAGCGCGAAUGGGAAAGUCUCCUCCUAUCACAUCUCCCAAAUCGUCGACUGCAUCCAUCGUCCACAGGCCGGCUUUAAGUUGGUCGUCCUCAGAGACUCCGGCGAGAAGCGGUAUGAUGUCGAGGCUGAAAAUGCCCAGAGUGCUAUGGAAAUUGUUCGGCAUAUUAAAGGAUUAAAAGAAAUGUAUCAUAGUACAAGGACUUGAACACAAAAAAAAAAUUAAAUCAGAUUCAAAAUGUGAAAAGAAUAAAAUGAAAUGAUUGAUUGAUAGUCGAAGACUCCAUCCAAUUCAAACUCGUCUCUUUUUUGUCUCAAUAUAUUGAUCUUAUAUAUAUACAUCCACUUCCUUUUAUCCCCCCC